AACUCACCACUUCGACACAUCGAGAUCACAUUGAGGUGAGGAGAAAGAGAGCGUCGAUCGAAUUGAUACCAUAAGGUGCGUAGAUAGAAUAGGUACUAAAAGAAAUCCUCUAGAGAUCAUCUGGGAAUUCAUCUUUGAUCCUGCAGUUUAGAACAACUCAUAAAGUUAAUCUAUCAAACACACUUUACAGUUUUCAAGUAAUCUCCUCUUUUGAACUUUAAAAUAUUCGGCAAAAGUACCAAUUCUCAUUUAGCCACUUGUAAACAGGAUACUGGUAAAAACGAACACGACAAUGUGGAUUCAAACGUCUUGAUUUUAGCUUCUUCGGUAAAAUUAUAGCAUUUUGUUCAAUUCUUGUUAAUGAUUUCUUUGUAGAAGACAUCAGAGGUAUUAGUGGUGUAAAUAUGCAUAAGAUUUGACAAACUUGGAUUUGAAAAGUACAUCUCAAAUCCAAAAGGCUGGUUAGGAAAAACAUCUUGCUUUACGGAGAGAUCUGAGUGGUUCUAUUCUAAGUUGCAAUACUAGCAAUGUUACUACUGAUAGAUAUUCUACUUAAAGGCAUAUAUCACUGAGCGUAACCAAAUUGAAGCCUGCAAUAUGGUUAAAGAAAGUCACUUGGUCGGUUAUGGGGUUCAAACACAACGGACUAUUUGAGAUUCCAAGGUUGGGUUUCGGAACUGCCUGUCUGUUCAGAGUCAACAUACGAACUGUUCGUUCUAGGUCUUAAUGCUGACGGUUUUUAAAGGUGCAUCCUCUAUAAAGAUAAUCUUGGUACUUAAAGAACUGAACAGACUGACGUGUUGUAGACAGUUUCGUUUACCAUUCAAAAGGCUCUUUGGGUGAAAUUCACAGACAGGCUUCCUGUUUGAAGAUAUUUCGAAUUCAUUCUUAUUCAGCUUGAAAUUUAACAGCCGGAAUUCACACCAGUUAAAAAUGGGAUGUCUGACUUCAAGCCAAUUAAUUUGAACCAAACGCGCAAACUUUAAAAUAGACAGAAGCAAAUAUAUAAUAUACGCCACUAAAAAGAAGACAACUGAUAAACAAACUCGAAAGAGUGCUUCAUUGUAAAGCUCAAAAAUUACUUCAAGUGGUAUUUAAAGAAACAUGUGUCAUUAAAUGACCGAGUCAUUUCAAUCUUGGAGUGAAAUAUAGAGUCGUAAGCCCCUUAAUUUUAGAGACAGUCUUUAAAAAAAUAAACCUUUGAAAAAGCUAUCGUUUUGAAACUACCGGUUCGUCGACAAGAACUUGCGAGACGUUCAAAUAGUGCUAAAAUACAACUUAACUGACACGUGAGGUUGUGUUUUUGUUUUGGAUACCCUUGCGUUAUUCAAUUAUCGUAAGAAUGAUCAUCAUUUAGUCUUUAAUAGGGAAGGGCCUUCAUCCAACAUACUUCUAUCUGAUGAGUCUGCCUCAGUCUUAACACAGAGGAUUGUUGAGCUUUUAGCACAGGUUGAAACUCAUUACAAGUCAUCCAAUACCUGUUUAGAGGACGUCUUUCAUGUAACAUAAACAAAUUUGACAUACUUUUUAAGUUGUAUCUUUAACUUACCAUUAAAUCCAGGUUACUGCCGAAGGAUCCUUGUUAAGAGCAAAUGAUCACCAGUUGCAAUUCAUUGAUGUCAGUAAACUGAAAUUUGACCCCCCUUUACUGUCAUAUCUUUCACUUUCAAAAAUAAUAAAGUUAAGUAAGAGUAAGAGUUGAAUUGAUUUUAAUUCUUAUGUCAUUCAUUCUUUGUGGCUAUUAUGAUGGCAUAUUGCUUAAGUUCAAGGUCUAGCCCUACUACGAGGUUUGCACAUGGAAAAUGGGGUUUCUUUAAUUAAACAAGCAAGCAAAUACGUCCAAAAAAUACGACAACAAACAACCAUUUUUGACUGGUCUCAAAUCUUCAGCGUGCUUAUUCAUGUGUAAGAAGAAUAUCUCAGAGCGCUAAGAUCCUCCAAUGUUGUUUAAAAUAGAUGGCCCAGUUUAAAAGUGUCUAACUAAACGGCAAUCUCUAGAUGAAUCAACUGAGUUUCUCAGUUUUAAAUAUCGAAUUAAAAUGCUAGCUUAUUAUUUGUUUCUCGUAUCUGGAAAAAAACGGUUUAACUGAAAUUUUAUAUAUUCAUUAAAACAUUUCCUUUAUCGCCUCAUGUGAAACACGUUAAAACGUUUCGGUUCUGUUCUGUGGUCAAUUUCCAAAGUAAUUGCGCAACAUUUUUUCCCGUAGAUUGUACUUCGGAAAGCAGAACGAUGCAUGUCCCUUUGGUGCUUCUCGUUCUUGGGUUAUGUACAUUUAAAGAAACAUGUGAAGCUACCAGCGCUGAGAAUUCUGCGCUGGGAAGAGUGAUAGAUCUUCGAAAGGUCAACUUAUUGGCCGACUUUCAGGAGCAUGAGAACAGGAUCUUUGAGGAGCUCCCCUCCAAAUGUCUCGUGAAGAAAACUUUGAAGUCUUCGAGCAGCCACUUCGAAUAUUACGCAAAUACCAAGGAAUUUUAUAAGUCACUUGCCACCCAGUCAAGCUUGAGCGCCUCUUUGCAGUCCUCCUACUCGUUGGGUGUGACGGUAUCAGUAGCAACAAAGAGCAAAAGUUCACAGCAAAGUGAAGUGAGUGGCAUGUCUUUAAUCAAGCAGGCGUUAACAGAAAAGAUCCACGUCGAUAAAGAAUGUCUAUUGAGUGAGGAUAUCUCCACCUUGAAAAAAACAUUUCUAAAUGACCUCGAGGACUUGCCCGUAAACAUCAAAAAUCCCUGGGAACCAAACUCAUGGAGAGAGUAUCGUAAUUUUCUCAAGGAAUACGGUUCUCAUGCCAUAACAUCUGAGAAGCGUGGAUCACGAUUUCAGCAAAUGACAUUCGCAGAGAGCUCUAAGGCUUACACUGAAAGAGAUUUCCAAGUAAAAGCUUGCGUUUCGGUCGCAGGACCUACCCAGGUUGGAAAGGUUGGCGUCUCUGCAUGUUCAAACGUAAGCCAAAGUGAGUUAUCCAAAGCGAGCAGUAUGAGCACAAGCGAGAAACGCUUUGUCAAAGGUGGAAAAAGGGAAACAAAUAGCAAGCUGGCAAACGGGGCGACGUCGGUUGAAUUGCUUGACCAACUCAUGAAUGAGGCAGAUGAAUUUCCCGCGUCUGUUCAGCACACCUUCAUGGCGAUCUGGACCAUCCUGCAGAGCCGAUUUAAGCAUGGAUCUCCUAACAAUAUCCGAGCCACAAACCUUGAGUACUACUACCUUGGGUUCUUGAAUUAUGGUUGUCCAUACAUAAGUAACUCUGGACUUGCCAUACAAAAAUUUGACCACACCAGUAGCUCCAGCGAGGAGUAUCCAGAAUUCGAGUGUACCCUGGCAAAAGAGGGCUGCCACAAUAGCGAUGACUGCCACUACAAACCUAUUUGGUGCUCCUGCCGUGGUCCAACGUGUGUCCAUUACAAGAAAGUGAAAGAAGGUGCAGGUGACUCUAAGUUAACUGCAUACCCAAACACAUUUGAAGAUUGGGGAUGGCAAGGUUGCGAUUGGAAACUUGCAGGAUCUUGGUGCGAGUGCUAUAAUAAAAAUCGUGAUCAGCGGAAAACUGUGUGGUUCUUGCCAAACAGAGAUGCCCCAACACACAAAGCAUCAACCAAAACCGCUGCAAAAAGAUUAAUGUCUCCAAAGUACACCGCUGGAGAGUAGAAAUGAAAAACGAAAGAAACUUUAAAUUUUGAUUUACCUAGAUAACUUGCGCUAGUAUUGAAAUUUGGCACGCUUAAAGUUAGAACCAUGCAUGUGUCUCAUUGUGUUUGAAUAAAGGGUAAAAUGUGAACAUGUCACUACAUUUUAUAGGACCCACGCCCUGUUUGUGUGGAGCUCGUACCGUAAAGCUAUUUUCCGGAAAAUGGGAAAGAAAGACAAAAACAUCUACCCUUAAAAUGUAGUAUCGAUAAGAUUGGUGUAAAGGGUACUGACUGAAGCCUCAUCCCGGAUUCCCUAAUUGGCUGUUUCGUAAAAGAGGC